AUGGUGAAUCCAAGUAGUCGAAGCUCGCAUUUGAAGAUUGUUUUGGUGCUUACGGCAAAACCAAAACACGUUGUUUCUUCUGUCGUCUCUCAUCCCCUCAACAAGUUCAAAGAUACAUCCAUUGCUCAUUCCACCCUCAUAUCGUCAUUUUCACAAUUUGGCACCGGAAUAUUUAUCCCCAAAACGAUUUCAGCUCGGUUUCUUUCAACAUCUUCUCCUAAUCGUCAAACACUGGUUAAUCAUUCUCGGUCCAUGAGUGAGAAGAUUACUAACCUUGAUGAUGCCCUCCAACUGUUCGAUGAAAUGACUAAGAGGAAACCUCUGCCCGCAGUUUUCAAAUUUACCCAGUUGUUGCAAGCGGUUACCAAAAUGAAACAGUAUUCUUGUUCGGUUGAGCUUUUUCAACGAAUGAAUGCUCUUCGUGUUCCUGUGAAUGCGUACACUAUUAGCAUUGUGAUCAAGUGCUGCUGCCAAAUGCACCGCACAAAUGAAGGAUUUGCAGUCUUAGGCUAUGGCUUCAAACACAAUAUAUUACCAAAUGUCUGCACCUUUAGCACCCUUUUAAAUGGACUUGUCCUAGAAGAUAGAGUUCUCAAAGCCGAAAGGUUAUUCAAGAAGCUGAUCAAAGAAGCACUUUGUGAACCUAAUGCAGUUAUGUACAGCAUUAUGAUUAAAGGACUUUGCAAAUCUGGUAAUAAUGAUACAGCCAUUGCUUUGCUUAAACUAAUGGAUGAAAAGGGUUGUAAACCUAAUGUGGUCACAUAUAACACCAUCAUUGACAGCCUUUGCAAGGACAAAAUGGUAGAUGAUGCUUUAAACCUCUUCAAAGAAAUGGUUUUCCACAAAGGCAUAUUACCUGAUGUUGUCACUUACACCUCUUUGAUUCAUGGCCUUUGUAACUUAUGUCGUUGGGAUGAGGUCUCUAAAUUGCUCAAAGAAAUGGAGGACGAAAGGAUCUCCCUAGAUGUUCAGCUCUAUAAUACAUUAGUUGAUGCACUUUGCAAGGAAGGUAAGGUGGAGGAUGCAAAUUGUAUUAUCAGCUCAAUGAUAGAGAGAGGGGAGUAUCCUAAUGUAGUGACUUACAAUUCAAUCAUAGAUGGGUACUGUCUGCGAGGUGAAAUGAGCAAAGCAAAGGAAAUUCUAAAUAUAAUGAGGUUUCAAUGUCUGGUUCCUAAUAUCGUCACUUAUAAUAAUUUAUUAAGUGGGUAUUGCAAGAAGUUGAAGAUAGAAGAGGCCAUGCAUUUGUUUCAUGAAAUAACUAAAAAAGGUAUGAAACCAAAUGUGAUCACUUACAGUAUCAUGAUACAGGGAUUGUUUCGAGCUAGACGUUGUAAAGCUGCAUGUGAACUCUUUAAUGAGAUGCGAACAAACAAACUGAUGCCAAAUGAAAGCACUUACACAAUAGUCUUGAAGGGUCUAUGCAACAACAAACAAGUGGAUGAAGCAUUAUCUUUGUUUGAUUUGAUGGGUGACAAUAAGCUAAAUUCGGAUAUUUUUGUAUACAAUAUACUCAUUGAUGGUGCAAGUAAAAGUGGGAAGUUUGAUAUUGCAAGGAACCUUUUUAAUGACCUAACUUUUAAAGGUUUGCAACCUAAUGUUUGGUCAUACACUGUGAUGAUCAGUAGUUUUUGUCGGGAGGGUCUUGUGGGAGAAGCAAAAGAGUUGUUAUUUAAAAUGGAAGAUAGUGGUUGCCCACCAGACAAUGUGACUUACAAUGUUCUUCUCCAAGGAGUUCUAAAGAACAAACAAUAUGAUACUGUAGAGAUGCUUUUAAAGGAAAUGGAAGCAAGAGGUUUCUCAAUUGACGCUUCAACUGUAGAAAUGUUACUUCAUUAUAUAAAAACUAGUUGUUUAGAUGUUUCUUUGUUUAAGUUGAUUGGUAAGCUUGUGCCAAAGGAAGGAGUGGAUGCUCCUUGUUUUACAGUGUAG